AAAGGAGCGGGGAAACCUCUCAGCUCAGACAGCCCUGAGAGUCCACAAGAGCAACUGUUAGAGCAGAGAGAGACAGACAAACACAUUGAAACUCCCGAACUGAGAAAUAUCACACCAAAAGUGAAAAGUCAAUUCAAAACAACAUCCAUCCAAGGUCAAAACCUGAUUGGAUCAGUAAUUUUAUGCAAGAAAAGAAAAAAAAAAUCAAGAUUGAUCCGUUUAUUAAUCUGGAUGCAUCUUAGGGAAUGAGUAUUAAGGAUACAUUUGAUUUUUUCUGAAAAGACAAGUGGAUCUUUACUCAUCUCUCAGUGACAAAGGAAAACACCAGGACCACAGGAGCGCCAGAGCCACGGAGCAAGGCAGAGAACAGCAUCUUGCUCGGCAUCAGCAGAAGUGUGUCCCUGCGCUGGGCGAAGUGAUUCCCUCCACUCAGCCAGCGUGCAGCCAGCCUGCCUGCGCCUCGCAGCAGCCACCAGCGCAGCAUCAGUCCUGCAGCUUCAGCACCGGCAGAGGAUGGCUGCAGCCAAGACCGAGAUGAUCCUCCCAGCCCUGCAGAUCUCUGAGCCCCUGAGCUUCCCUCACUCCCCCAUGGAUAACUACCCCAAGCUGGAGGAGGUGAUGAUGCUCAGCACUGCGGGGACCCCCUUCCUCACUGCCUCGGCGCCCGAAGGUGCAGGCUUUGGCUCUGGAGAGCCAGGAGAGCAGUACGACCACCUUGCUGGAGAUACGUUACCUGAUAUCCCCUUCAACUGCGAGAAGCCCGUUGUGGAGCAGACCUACCCCACCCAGAGGCUGCCCCCCAUCUCUUACACAGGCCGCUUCACACUCGAGCCUGCGACCACCUGCAGCAACAGCCUCUGGGCGGAGCCCAUCCUGGGCCUGUUCACGGGGCUGAUGGGCAACGUCGCUCCCAGCUCCAGCGCUUCCUCCACUGCCUCACAGACCACCUCAUCCUCUUCCACCGUUCCGUCCUCCUCCACGUCCUCCUCUUCUACCUCCUCUUCCUCAUCUCAGAGCUCCAGUCUCAGCUCCUCGAUUCACCACAGCGAGCCCAAUCCCAUCUACUCGGCCGCGCCGACAUACUCCAGCCCAAACUCUGACAUCUUCCCAGACCAGGGGCAGGCUUUUCCCGGCUCGGCGGGGGCGGUGCAGUACCCGCCGCCCGCCUACCCCAACAGCAAGACCUGUGGCACAAGCUUCCCCGUACCCAUGAUUCCUGACUACCUUUUUCCUCAGCAGCAGGGAGAGAUCAGCCUGGUGCCUCCUGACCAGAAGCCUUUCCAGAGUCAGUCCAGCCAGCCCUCCCUCACUCCUCUGUCCACAAUCAAGGCCUUUGCCACCCAGACUGGUUCCCAGGACUUAAAAAGCGUGUACCAGUCGCAGCUGAUUAAGCCCAGCCGCAUGCGCAAGUACCCCACGCGGCCGAGCAAGACGCCGCCGCACGAACGGCCUUACGCCUGCCCCGUGGAGACCUGCGACCGCCGCUUCUCGCGGUCCGACGAGCUCACGCGUCACAUCCGCAUCCACACGGGCCAGAAGCCCUUCCAGUGUCGCAUCUGCAUGCGCAACUUCAGCCGCAGCGACCACCUGACAACGCACAUCCGCACCCACACCGGCGAGAAGCCCUUCGCCUGCGAAAUCUGCGGGCGCAAGUUCGCUCGCAGCGACGAGAGGAAAAGGCACACAAAGAUCCAUCUAAGACAGAAGGACAAGAAAGCGGAGAAAGCGGGAGCGGUGGUGGUAACGACGGCGCCGGUGUCCGCCGCCUCACCUGCCUCCAGCUACCCCUCUCCCAUCACUUCCUACCCCUCACCAGUGUCCUCCUACGCCUCCCCAGUGACCUCCUGCUACUCCUCUCCGGUCCACACUUCCUACCCGUCUCCGUCCGUCGCCACCACCUACCCGUCGGUCUCCAUGUCCAGCACCUUCCAGUCACAGGUCACCUCCUCUUUCCCGUCCUCAGUCGCGUCCAACAUCUACAGUUCCCCCGUCCCCACCCCUCUGUCAGACAUGCAGACCACCCUUUCCCCAAGGACAAUCGAGAUCUGCUAAAAAAUAAAAAAAAAAAAAAAAGAGCAAAGAGAAAAACUUUUAAGGCUCGCCACACCUCUCCUUUCUUAAGGUUUUUUGAGGGGAAUGAAAUCAGCAUCAAAAGGAUUUAGGUUUUUUUUUUUUUUCCUCCCUCCAAAAAGCACUUUUCUGCUCCCUGUGCAGUGUUAGGUGAAUCUUGAGAUUUACCUGAAAGAGAGAAAAAGACACAUGCCAAGGACUGGGCAAAGGCAAACGAAGAUAAAAAGGGAUUUUUUUUUUCUGUCUCUGUAAAACAAAUGCAACACUUCAAAUGCAUAAGGGACUCCAGAGAUAGAGACGACGAAACCUCUGCUAUUAGGUACAAGAGACAAACAGGUUGCCAGCCGUCGUGGUGCUGAGGCACGUCCGCCCUUGCAGGCACUCAAACAGUACAAAAGACAUUGAAUGAUAUACAUAAGCUAUCAUAUAUGUAUAUUGUACAUGUGCCAUGUUUUGUUUUUAUCAUUCUUUGGUACCACAGAUGUGAACAAAAUUAUUUGCAUAUUUGCAUUGUAUUAUUUGAAGUGAGCAGGGCCAUAUUUUCUACAUACUUUCUCUAUUAUGUAGUGAUGAUGCUGUGAUACGUUUUGACUUUGUUUGCAAAAAAAAG